AUGUCCUUCCAAGAGCCAGUUCCUAUUGCCAUCAUAGGCAUGGGUUGUCGAUAUCCCGCAGGAGCCAACAGUCCUGAAGAACUAUGGAAUGUCGUUGCCGAGGGUCGAAGUGGUUGGACAGAAGUUCCCUUGGACAGGUUCAACCACAAAUCCUUCUAUCAUCCUGAUCCUGAGGUUCCAGGCACCAUCAACCAAAGAGGGGGCCACUUCAUUAAUCAAGAAAUCUCUGCUUUCGACGCCGGUUUCUUUGGAAUUGCACAACAAGAGGCGGAAACGUUAGAUCCGCAGCAGCGAGUUGUGCUAGAGACUUCGUGGGAGGCAAUUGAGAAUGCCGGCAUUCUAUUGCACCAUCUCAAGGGCUCGGACACUGGCAUAUUUGUGGCAAUGUUUGGUCAUGAUUUCGAACAGGCAACGCACAAAGACCCGGAGUCGGUCUCUAAAUACCACAACCUUGGUGUGGCGCGGCCAUUGCUGGCAAACAGAGUAUCUUACAUAUUUGAUCUUCAAGGGCCCUCAGUUGUGGUCGAUACGGCUUGCUCGGGGAGUCUGGCUGCCAUCAGUUUAGCCUGCCAAAGCCUGCGAUCCGGAGAGACAUCCAUGGCUCUUGCAGGUGGUGUGAACUUGAUCUUCUCUCCUGACCAGAUGGCUCUCAUGUCAAUGACUGGACUCUUCAAUGAACACGGAAGAUCGUUCACAUUUGACUCUCGCGGCAACGGCUAUGGCCGUGGCGAAGGUGUAGGAAUGGUGGUCCUGAAGCGCUUGGAUGACGCGCUGCGUAACGGCGAUGCCAUUCGAGCCGUAAUUCGAAACUCAGGCAUCAACUCUGAUGGUCGCACAAACGGCAUCAUGCUUCCAAACCAGGCUGCCCAGGAGCGGCUUGCAAAGAGCUUAUUCCAGAACCUUCCGUUCAACCCGACCGAUGUGCACUAUGUAGAGGCACAUGGUACAGGAACUAAAGCUGGAGACAAGGUAGAGGUCAAUACCAUUCGAAAUGUCUUCUGUCAAGGCCGCGACAAUCGAGAUCCAGUGUUCGUUGGCGCCACCAAGCCCAACCUUGGACAUUCUGAAGCCGCCAGCGGCACUGCAGGCCUUAUCAAGACGGUGAUGGCGAUGGAGAAGGGAAUGAUUCCGCCCAAUAUCCUGCUGGAGCACUUUAAACCUGGGCUGGAACCUGGUCACUGGAGUAUGGAGAUUGCACGAUCGCUCAGGCCCUGGCCGUCAACGACGUCGAGCCGCAAAGCCGUGGUGAAUAGCUUUGGCUUUGGAGGCACAAACGCCAUGUUACUGCUGGAGUUUGGACGAACCUACAAUGGUAUGUGCGAACUGUCCUUUCAUAUCGGAAACAACUACAUCAAUGGGCUGAACCACCACGGCGUCAAGCCGGUUGAGAAGAAGGUCCCGCGUCUCUUCACUCUGUCCGCCACAUCAGAGUUCUCUUUGCAGAACGCUGCAAGUGACCUCGUAGCUUACCUAAAGCGUCGAGGUAACAUCUCCCUGGAUGAUAUUUCUUACACUUUAACUGGGCGACGAUCUCAAUUUCAGUGGCGCUCAAGUGUCGUUGCCGAGGAUGUCAACUCCCUUAUCCAAGGUCUUUCAGCAAGGGAUUUGGUCCGAAGCAAAGUGCCACAUAAGACUGCCAAUGCCUUUGUCUUCACAGGACAAGGUGCGCAGUGGGCGAGAAUGGGCUACACCCUCCUUUCGGCCGAACACAACGAGUUCGCCCGAUCCAUCUCAGCUUCGGAUCAGCUAAUGAAGGAAUUCGGCGCGCCGUGGAGCCUGGUCGAGGAAUUGUCUCGCGACGAGACUUCGAGCCGACUAAAUGAUAGUACAUACGGCCAACCUGCAAGCACAGCUGUCCAAAUCGCUCUUGUCGAGCUUAUGAGGAGCUGGAACAUCCUGCCUGCUGCCGUGGUAGGGCACUCCAGUGGCGAGAUAGCGGCAGCGUAUGCCGCUGGUGCCGUUUCACACAGGUCCGCAAUGCUUGCCUCAUACCACAGAAGUUUCCUCGCAGAAAAGUCCAAGCAACGGACUACGCAGCGCGGAGCCAUGAUGGCCGUCGGGCUCGGGCGUGCAGACGCUGAGGCAUAUAUCGCAAGACUUGAGGCUCCAGGUAUCACAGUGGCAUGUGUCAAUAGUCCGUCGAGUGUAACAAUUUCUGGUGAUGCGGAUGGUAUCUCAGCUUUGAAGGAUAUUCUCGAUGCAGAUGAGAUCUUCAACCGGCGCCUCAAGGUCGACACCGCUUAUCACUCACAUCAUAUGAAGCUAGUCAGCGCCGAUUACCUCCAUUCUCUCGAAGGACUCGAAUCGGGCUCUGCAGAUCCCGAUAUCCAUUAUUAUUCCAGCGUUACUGGGCAAGGAAAGCUUAGUGGGUUUGGAGCUUCAUACUGGGUCGACAAUCUAGUGUCGCCUGUUCAGUUUUCAGACGCUCUGCAAAACCUAUACCACGACUUGAGGCGACCAGCACUCAAUAUUAUCGAGAUCGGCCCGCACUCCACUCUUUCUGGACCAGUCAAGCAAACACUAUCGGCUAUUCACGUCGAAGAGGCUUCAUACGCCUACCUUCCCACGUUGGUACGUGGCGAGAAUAGCGUCAGGUCACUUAUGGUUGCAGGGGCGAAUCUUUUCCGAAGUGGAAUAGACAUGGACGUCAGCGCGGUGGCUUCGCUGGGUAUCUCGCCGUCACCGUCCCCGAAUGUUCUAGGAGAUCUCCCAGCAUACCACUGGAAUCAUACUACCACCCACUGGACAGAGUCCCGGUUGAGUCGCGAAUAUAGAUGCAGAAAACACCCCGCUCACGAUCUUCUGGGCUCUCGUAUAACUGCAUCCUCAGACAGUCAGCCCAGCUGGCGCAUCUUGCUUAGCACUGAGGGGUUGCCCUGGCUGCAGGACCAUGUCGUCGACAAUUUCAUUGUGUUUCCUGCAGCUGGAUACUUGACAAUGGCGAUCCAAGCAUUGGAGCAGCUGGAUCAAGAUCGUCGUCCAGAUCUGAAGCCUAAGGGGUACAGGCUAAAGAAUGUCUCUUUCAAGAAGACGCUGACGCUUCCCAAGAAUGAUAAGGCUGUUGAGGCCAUCAUGUCAUUCCAAUAUGUUGAAUCAACCGAUUCUUGGGUCUUCACUAUCUCUUCGAUCUCUGAUCAGGGAAAAUGGCAGGACCACUGUAAUGGAACCAUAUCGGCUACCUUCGAGGCUGAUCUGGAUGAGAUUGAGCAGAAUCGUGAAGCGAAAUACAAAAAAGACUCCCAAGCUUCUCGUCUCAAGAGCGUAGGCGAGCAUUGUACCACGGUUCUAACCCACAAAGAUCUGUAUGCGCAAAUGGCAGCGACAGGCAACCAAUAUGGACCGGCCUUUGCGAUCAACGACGAAGCUCGGAUGUCAGCGUAUCAAUCUUUGAACAAACUUGUUGUCCCAGAUGUCUUUGCGAAAAUGCCUGGUAAAUUCAUGCAGCCGCACGUUAUACAUCCAACAACGCUCGACGGCAUCAUCCAGUCGUGUCUUCCGUUGUUCCAACAGCACUCCACCAAAGGCUCAGUCAUGCCUAUUCUCAUCAGCGAUGUAUUUGUCUCAACCGCUAUCGCCAACAAACCUGGCAGCCAACUUCAGGUUGUGUGCGAUUUGAGCGACGUGUUUGCCCACUCCACGAGCUUUAGCACCGCAGUUUUCCAAACAGAAGAGAACGGUGAAGAGCGAUGUGUUCUCACAAUGGACAGAGGGGAGAUACGUGUCGUCGGGGAGUCACAGGCUUCGCACGUCAUCGACAACAAAAACAUCUUUACGAUAGAAUGGAGUCUCGAUGAAUCGGCGAUUACAGCGGAGAAACUCGAGUCUGCUGUUGUCCCCUUGCAAUCUGACGAAGUUGGCAUAACCCAGGCUGAGAAAGUCAACCUCAUGUCGAUUGCCUGCGCCCGGUAUAUCGACUGGGCCGUUCGGGAAAUGCGGGAGGGCGGACUUGCGGUCAAAGACGAUCAUCGGGCCAACUGGUGGGAGCUACUUGAAAAUUUUGCUAACUCAGAGGUCGGGAAGUCGCUCAUUCAGCAGAGCCCAGCGACGAAAGAAGAGCUGGACAAGCUCACGUCCAAGCUGGGAGUUGAGGGAGAGGCCGUCGCGAGGAUUGGCCCUGAGCUGGUCCUCCUCUUGACUGGCCAAACCGAUCCUCUCACUCACUUUCUCAAGGACGAUCUCCUCUUUCGAGUUUACCAUUCAGAUGAGGGUGCGCGGCCCAAUCAAUACAUGGCCGACUAUGUCAAGCUGCUCACCUUCCAGAGGAGAGGACUACGGAUUCUUGAAAUCGGCGCCGGCACUGGAGGCACGACGUUCAAGAUUCUUCAGUCCUGCAGCCCAAAUGGUGACGGCUUUUGCUCCGAAUACAUGUACACGGACAUUUCUUCCGGGUUCUUCGAGGCUGUGCGCACGACUCGAUUGAAGGACUGGGCUCAUCUGUUGACAUUCCAGACGCUAGAUCUUGAGAAAGAUGCGGUCGAACAGGGCUUCAAGGAGCACUCUUACGAUCUAGUCGUCGCUGCAAAUGUCGUACACGCCACGCGGUCCUUGGCCAAGUCACUGCAAACGAUCCGCAAGCUGCUGAAGCCUGGCGGCGUGCUGGGACUAGUAGAACUCACGAGGACAACGCCGUACAUCAACAUGACUUUUGGCAGCAUCCCCGGCUGGUGGGCUGGCGUUGACGAGGGCCGAACCGAGAGCCCGCUCCAGUCUGCUGAGCAGUGGGAUGCGCAUCUUCAGGCUGCUGGAUUCUCUGGAGUCGACUUAGCAGCAUACGACCUUCCCGAGCCUGAAAGACAUUGUGCGCUGCUGAUAUCGACCGCCGUGGGAGCCGAGCCAAUGGCGAACGGACAUGGCCGGCCAGCUUUCAGGAUAUUGAACUCGGUCGCACAGGGCGAUCUGGCGCAUGCAUUCUCUGAGAAACUGGCUGCUCAUUUGGUCGCUAAAGGGUUCGAAGCGUCUCUUGAUCAGUGGACAAGCACCACGGUCGACGAUUGUUGCGCUUACGUCAUAGUCGAGUCUUCAGGCCAGCCGCUUCUUAGGCAGGCUUCAAGCGAACAAUUUGCUCGCACCACAACACUAAUAUCCAGGGCAAAGAAAAUCUACUGGAUCAGCUUCGCAAACGGCAAUGGGGGCAUUGUGCCUGAGAACUCGCUCAUCACCGGAGUCUCUCGAUCCGCGCGAAACGAGAACCCUCGCCUUGACUUCUUUACCGUGGACGUGCAAGAUCCUCUCGAUCAACAUGGAGCAAAGGUUUUACAAGCAAUUGCAGCAUUCAUCUCUUCCACCGAGAGAAAGAUUGCAAGGCACGAACCUUAUGAGUUCGAACUAAUGUACAGAGAUGGACAGAUGCAGAUCCAACGCUUUGUCUCCGACGACAAGCUGGCUCGGGCCGUUUCGACGACCGCAGAUAAUGCAGAUGCUGAACAUGUCAAAUUCCACCAAGCUGAGCGCCCCCUCAAGCUCAAGGUCGACAAGCCCGGCCUCUUGAACAGCCUCGUGUUUGUAGACGAUGAAGCUGGCGCUCUCAGUCCCGAUGACAUCGAGAUCAAAUCCUUCGCCUGGGGCCUCAACUUCUCAGAUGUCUUUAUUGCGCUCGGACAGCUACCGCCUGCUCAGCCCAUGGUUGGCGAAAGCGCUGGCAUCGUAACGGCUGUUGGGUCCAACUUCCAAUCGCAAUACAAAGUCGGUGAUCGCGUCACGGCCAUGUUUGGCACGCCUUACGCCAGUCGAACGAGGACAAAUGGACACUUGAUUCAUCGCAUCCCUGACAGGCUGUCCUUGACGGAUGCUGCAUCUAUUCCUUUGACUUUCGCAACGGCAUACUAUUCGCUUUUCAAUUGUGCCAAUUUGCGUCAAGGGCAGACGAUCCUGGUACACUCUGCUGCAGGGGCGUUGGGCCAAGUGGCCAUCAAGAUCGCCCAGCGACUCGGCGCAGUCAUUUUCGCGACGGUGGGAAGUGCAUCCAAACGAGAUAUUCUUGUCGAGCAGUAUGGCAUCGCAGCAAGCCACAUAUUUAGCAGUCGCACAACAGUAUUUGCGGAAGGGAUCAGGCGACUUACAAAAGGAGUUGGAGUAGAUGUGGUACUCAACUCUCUCUCUGGGCCCAUGCUUCAUGCCUCCUGGGAGAGUGUCGCUGCAUUUGGAACGUUUGUGGAAGUGGGCAAGACAGACAUCUCCCGACGCAGUCAGCUCAACAUGAAGCCCUUUGAGAGGAACCUGAAGUUUGUCAGCGUGGACCUGGUAGGGCUCUCGCGCCAACGGCCAGUCGAAUGCCAGAAGCUUCUGCAAAGGGUAUUCAAUGAUUUCGAGGCAGGACACUUCAGUCCUCUGUCUGUGACGGCCUUGCCAAUUGGUGACAUCGAAAAGGCAUUCAGAUUGAUGCAGAGUCGGAAGCACACUGGCAAAAUUGUCAUGGAAGCUUCUGAUGAGUCUACCGUCCUAGCAAAAGUCCGACCCCUCCAACUCCGAUCCGACGGAACGUACAUCAUCGUUGGUGGGCUUGGAAGCUUGGGCAAGCAUCUAUGCAUACAUCUCCAAGAAAAGGGCGCACGCCACAUUGCCUUGUUCACGCGCCAAAGCUAUGACGCAGCGGUUAAGGAGAGCAUGGAGAAAGAGCUGACUGGAGUUGAUGGCGCCGUUGUCAAGAUUGUGACCUGCGACGUUGGGGAUGCGAGCGUGGUCCAGAAAGUGGCGAGCGAACUCGGCCAGAAGAUGCCGCCGGUGAAAGGCGUUCUACAUGGUGGUAUGGUGCUGUCUGAUCGAACGAUAUCUCAAAUCACACAGCGGGAUUUCGAAAUUGCUCUGCUGCCCAAGUAUCAAGGAACGAUUAACAUGUACAACGCUUUCUACCAUGAGAACAUUGACUUCUUCAUCAACCUUUCAUCUCUCUGCGGCAUCGUCGGCACACUUGGGCAGUCUAACUAUGCCGCUGGAGGAACGUACCAAGACAUGUUUACGCACGCUCAAGUUUCUGCAGGCCGCAGCAAUUUUGUGACAAUCGAUUUGCCGCUGAUAAGAAGCACUUAUACCGUCACACAGGAACACACGUACUCCUUGGCGAGACAGGGCGUUCAGCUUCUUCCGAUCGAGGCCGCGCUUCCUGUUGUUGACUAUGCGAUGAGCGGGAAAGCAAUUAGAGAUGGUAUUCACCAAAUUGCCUUUGGCCUCGAUCCCCAAGCCUUUAUUGACCAAACGACGCCGGGUGGAAGAAUCCCCCCUCUUGUGUCUCAUACCCUAUCUGCUCACGGGCGAGGGCGUGCGCGACAGGCAAACCGCGAAAUUGAACAGACUGUAGAGGAAAGGAUUGCUCUGGCAUCCACACUCGAAGAGGCGGAGCAGCUCGUGCUGAUCGCAAUUCGCGAAAAGAUUGCCUCGCUCACUGUUCUGGAAGCCGAAGAGCUUGACUUAGAUCAGUCGAUUGCAAAUAUGGCACUCGACUCGCUGGUCGCCACUGAAAUUAAGAACUGGAUCACUAACAAGCUGCAGGCGCCCGUUCAGACGUCGGACAUUUUGGAUGCACCAAGCCUUCGAUCCCUCGCUUCAUUCGUCACUGAAGGAUCAAACUUGGUGAAGAGCAAGCUGGCACCACCAUCGAGAGGUGAUGGGAACGAUACAAACGGUGAAAGGAAUGGCGCCAGCGGCAAUGGAGAGGUUGCUCUCCCCAAAUAUCCCUUGCAGUCUCUCGAGUCAACACUGGACAUUUUCCUUGAUUCAGUAGGCCAUAUUGGAAACGCGGCGGAGUUGAAGCAGACUCGCGAGGCUAUUGAAGCUUUCCAGAGCACCGGUGGGCUGGGACAACAGCUGCAAACCCGGCUCGCAAAGCUCUCAGGCGAGCAUGGUGAGAACAACGAAGUCGUCGAUAUGUAUGUGAGGCACAAGUGGCUACGUGGGCGGGAUUGGCGGCCGAGACUCCGAAACUUCUUCGCUACUCUGCCGGGACAAGAUACCGCUCGCAAACCCCAAGCGGAACAGGCAGCUCUCCUCUCUCUAGCUACGCAUGCAUACAAGCUGGCGCUGGACACAGGAACAGUCCAGCAAGACUAUUACAACGAGCAGGCGCUUGACAUGGCGACGGUCUACUGGCUAUUCAGUUCCAAUCGCACGCCUGCCCUUGAUUGCGAUGGCUACGAUCGGUUCCCAGACAGCGAUUACAUAGUCGUCAUGAAGCGUGGCCACGUUUACAAGGUCCCUAUGAAUUGCAGCGGUCAUGCGGUAACAUACGGCAAGCUCGCCUCCAUUUUCGAGGAGAUAUCGCAGCACACUCCAGAAGGGAUCAAUUGGGCAAGCAUACUUACCACCGCGAACCGUGACGAUUGGGCACGGAUCCGAGACGAAAUAAAGACGGGUAGCAUUAGUGGCCACGAUUUCGUCAAAACCAUUGAAGAAUCGCUCUUCAUUGUCUGCCUCGAGGAUGCAGCUCCCGAAACGGCAAGCGACCGAGCGGAUAUUUUCCUCUUGGACGAAAAUUUCAACCGCUGGCUCGAUAAGACGCUCUCGUUUGUGGUUUGCGCCAACGGCGUGUCUGCCAUUUGGGGUGAGCACACAAUGGUUGAUGGGACCACAUUCGGCGGUUUGAUCCAAGCUCUCGCCUCAUCGUCCGCGGAGCAAACUGGAGCCUCUAGCAGGUUGUCUGCCGAAAGCAAGGUUGUCGAAGGCGACUUUCAAUAUGUCCCCUUCACAUUGCCGUCAACGCUAUCGAAACAAGUCGCGACUCUUCGAACACAACAUCAAAUCGCCCACAACGGCUACACACUCGCCAACCUCACGCAUACUUCAUACGCUGCCGCCUAUCUGAGACAGCAAAAGCUUCCACCAAAGACUGUCAUGCAGUUGGUGAUUCAGGUUGCCGUCCGCCGGCUUUUCGGAUACAAUCCCUUGGGCGCAGUCGACGUGAUUUCUCAACGCCCGUUCCGCGGCGGUCGAACAGACAUGAUCUAUGUCAUGACACCACCAAUCCAGGCAUUUUGCGCGGCAGCCGAAGACUCGUCUGUCAGUGCUUUCGAGAAGAGAAGAUUGUUCCUGGAGGCAGUCAAGUCUCAUGCAAGGCUUGUGGCGCUGUCAAGCCGCGGAAGAGGGUUCAGAUGGCACCUCAUGGCGCUCCGGGAGAUGCUGGAGCCCGGAGAAGAACUCCCCGUGUUCUAUAAUGACACCGUUUUUACGCGGACAAGCGAGCGUCCUGUUUGUACCAGUUUUACGGAAUUUGGGCUUCCAGAGAUGGGACGAUGUCAACCUCUGAAGACCGAUGUUUGGGUCGGUGUGCAGGUCUUUGAUGAAAGGUAA